AAAGGGUUUGGCAAUGUUGCUGGGGAAUACUGGCUAGGACUGGAAAAUAUUUACUUGCUCUCCAAUCAGGAUAAUUACAGACUUCUGAUUGAAUUAGAAGAUUGGAGUAAUAAGAAAGUCUAUGCAGAAUACAGCAGUUUUCGAUUGGAGCCAGAGAGUGAAUAUUAUCGACUACGUUUAGGCACAUAUCAAGGGAAUGCUGGUGAUUCCAUGAUAUGGCACAAUGGAAAACAAUUUACAACACUGGACAGAGACAGAGAUAUGCACACAGGAAAUUGUGCCCACUUUCAUAAAGGAGGUUGGUGGUACAAUGCUUGUGCCCAUUCUAAUCUCAAUGGAGUAUGGUAUAGAGGAGGACACUACAGAAGCAAACAUCAGGAUGGGAUUUUUUGGGCCGAAUACAGAGGAGGUUCAUAUUCACUGAAAGCAGUUCAGAUGAUGAUUAGACCUAUUGAUUAAGGCUACCAAAAUGUUUUUUUAAAAAAAUAAUCCUUGAGUUUGGUGCAGAUGUCAUUUUUCUUUGGAGAACUCUACCAAGUAUAUUUUUCAAUCCUCACUAUAUUAUAUAUGUUACCGUAAUUAUAUACAUUUUAAUUACAGAGCAAAACUGAAGGCUGCACUUAAAAUAUUUCUGUAUUCAUAUAAGAUAUGAAUACGAAAUGCAGCUAUUACCAGUUUACCAGAUCUUGAAAAACUUUUGCAAGAUCAGGAGGAGAAAUUAAUAGAUGUAAAAUGACUACAUUUUAAAAGCUCAAGUAUGAAACAUUUUUCUUAUGUGUUAAAUAGCCAAAUCAAUUCAUUCUCAUAAGAUUAAAACUAUUUUAGUUUUUAUUUCAGAGACCUGAAUGUUAGGAAAAAAAACUCUGCUUUAGAGAUCCUUAUAGGCAAUGAGACAAAAGAAUUGGAGUGAAACUCUAGUUUUGUAAGUGUAUGUUGCAUCGAAUAAAGUACUAUCAUUUCAUUAUGGCAAUGAAAUGUCCUCGAGUUACAAUGGCAAUUGGUUCACUAGGCGAUGUGAUAAUGAAAUAUAAUGUCAUAUGAUGGCAGUUCACGCUGCCAUCAUUAAGGGAGGAUCAUAGGUCCUUAAGUGACCAGCUCCUUGUAACUCCCUGCUGGCUUACAACAACCAAAGUCAGUGGGAAGUGCUAUUGGCCACAAUUCAGAGUCUGACUCCGACCAUGAAUCUGAUAAUAUUGCUCCAUCUGGCCUGUGCUUCAGAACUGCCAGACUCAGGAACCUUAAGCCAAGAUUCAAUUAUGGCUGUUCAGUCACAGGUAUCUCCUGUUCCCAAGUCCCAGAUCUAGGCUCAUACAGAAGUGAGCAAAGCAACAAUCCUCUAUGAGGCUUCUAAUGAAACAAAGGGCAAAGCAUGAGUAAUUGCAGUCAGCCGGUUGCAGAGAGAUUUGAUUAGUUGCUGAGCUUGCAGAUUCUUGUUGGAAACCACCAUUUGACUAUCCAGCUCUUGAAUCAUGUUACUGCUUCUUCCUUGUGACUCUUGGCCUUUCGACUGGCUGAUUGCCCAAUUUGGCAUCCUGGAUCUUUUGGAACAUCUCUGGACUAUGCUGAUAUUUCUUUGACUGUAUUUGGCUCCCUUCAGACAAAGCAUUAUUUACUGGGCAUUUGAAUUUCAUUCUUGUCUGCUACUAUCUGCCUAAACUGCAGUAAAUAUUCCUGCUUCUACAGUAGUUGGUUUUUGUCUGUGUGUCAGCAACCUUAAAAAAGAACAGAAGGCUGACUAGAGAUUGCAAGUUCCAGGCAACUUGCAAGCAGACAGGCAGGUAAGUGGCUGCUGCUGGAUGGAAAGAGGUGUGUGCAUAGUGCAUAGUGGUAAGGGAGGCAUAGUGAAAGUGUGGCUGGGCUUAGGAUGGCUGCUACUGGAAGAGGUUGCAUGAAUGGUAAGGGAGCCACAACAAGGGUGGGGAAGGGCUUGGGGUGGCUACUGCUGCUUAGGAGAAGGGUGCACAAGUGGCAAGGACACACCGUAUGAGGGCUGAGAGUCCCAGGGAGGAUGUGUCAGAGUGUGCAAGUCGCUGGUGAGGUGUAAGUACAGAGAGGCUCGUGAGGCUCACCCAAGCAAGUUGUGACCUUCUCUGCCAACUUCUCUAUGUUGCUUGAUGUUGCUUAUGGGAAGCAGGCAGGGAAGGUCACAUAUAAGAUCAUGUGACCUCAGGGUGCUGCAACUUAACCUUGUUAAGAGCCAAUUGGAUCCUCUAAAUCAUGAUCCCAUGAUCAGGAGGGUGCUGGGAUGGCCAGACAUUCAAGGACUAGUUGUAACCAUCAUUUGUUAAGGGCUGUCAUAACUUUGAAUAAUCGCUAAACAAAUGGUCAUCAUUAAUUGUGGACUACCUGUAUUUUACAGCACAAUUUUCUUAAGACAUGGGAAUCCUACUUCCCCCAGUAGAAUAAGAAACUCUACAUUAUUUUGAAAGUCAAAUCCAAAAUUGGUAGCAUUGCUACAACACUGUACAUUAGACCAAAGUUAUUAAUCCUAUAUUACAAAUUGGAAUUAAGAUUUAAUAAACAAAGUUGUGUACUCAUUAAAGAAUGAACUGUUUCAGGAGUUACAAACUAUUUAAUUUAUGUUUUUAAUAAAGUUCAAUGUACUAGACAUGUUCUAUGAAAUUGAUUUCAGUAGUAUUUAACGACUGAAUAAUGUGUUAAAAUAUGUUAUAGUUAGAAUUAAGGUAUAAUCAAGUGGUUGUAAAUUGAGACACCAUGUGAAUGGACUACCAACUGUUUUUAUGAUAGUUGUAAAGAAUAUAUCAUCUAUUAGUAUAAAAAUAUUCAAAAUAUUCCAGUACUACGUUCCACGCGAUGGGGGAAUACCUCCAAAAUAGUAUUUCCAAUCACUUAAAAGCUAUUUAAUUCAUAAAAUCACAUAGCCAAAUACAGUUUUUGUAAAACAAAAAUGGACUCAACCUUCUUAAAUAUUAAAUACCACCUGUAAUGGUAAAAUGUAUUACAUUAGAUGUGUUUUAUAUUCAUUUU